AUGUCGUCGACGUCUAAAUCCAAGUCGCUCGUGCGCCUCUCGCGGCUCCUCUCAUACGCGGGGUGCAUCCGGCCACGUGCAGACGAGAGCGAGCUGGUCGGAGAGAAGGGCUUUCAGCGCCACGUGUACUGCAACGAGCCACAUCACCACUUCCGCCGCGUCGCCAAUCUCUACUUCCUGCUCUGCGCCAUCCUCGCGCUCACGCCGCUCACGCCGUACGCGCCGUACAGUCUGAUCGCGCCGCUCGUGCUGGUGGUGGGCGUGAGUAUGAUCAAAGAGGCGAUCGAAGACUGGCGCCGAUAUCUUGCUCUUCCCCGCUGUUCCUCCUCCCCUUCAACCCUCCUCGUCAAUCCUCCCCACCCUUCCCCUCCCCUCCUUUCUUCUCCCCCCUCCCCCCCCAUCCUAUCCCCCACCCAUCCCUCCUUUCCCCCUUCCCCUCCCCCCUGCCUCCCUCCUCACCCCUCUCUUUCCCCCGUCCCCUUCCCCUUCCCCGUCCGCCAGGACGACGAGGUGAACAAGCGCAAGGUGCUCCGCCACGUGGGCGAGGGGCGGUUCGAGCCGUGCGAGUGGAAGGCGGUGCGCGUGGGCGACGUAGUUAAAGUGCUCAAGGACGAGUUCUUCCCCGCAGACCUCCUAAUGCUCGCCUCCAGCUACCCGGACGGCGUCUGCUACGUCGAAACAAUGAACCUGGACGGCGAGACGAAUCUUAAACUGCGCAAGGCGCUCGAGCGCACGCUGCCGCUCGAGGACCCCGAGGCGCUGGCGAAAUUCACGGCGGAGAUUAAGUGCGAGGACCCGAACCCGAGUUUGUACACGUUUGUAGGGAAUCUAGAGUGGGACGGCGAGGCGACGUCGCUGACCGCGGCGCAGGUGCUGCUGCGCGACUCGAAGCUGCGCAACACGGCGUGGGUGGUGGGGGUGGUUAUCUUUACCGGCCACGACAGCAAGGUCAUGAUGAACUCGACGGCCGCGCCGUCGAAGCGCAGCUCGAUUGAACGGCGCAUGGAUAAGAUCAUCUACUUCCUCUUCGCGUGCCUGCUGCUGAUGGCGAUCGUGGGGAGUAUCAUUUUCGGCGUGCGCACCAAGAAUCAGAUGCCGUCCUGGUGGUACCUCGCGCCGACCGACACUAACGCGUACUACGACCCCGCGAAACCCGCCGCAUCGUCCGUGCUGCAGUGCCUGACGGCGAUCAUUCUAUAUGGUUACCUCAUCCCCAUUUCGCUAUACGUGUCGAUCGAGAUCGUGAAGAUCUUCCAGGCGUGGUUCAUUAGCGCCGAUCGCGGAAUGUACUUCGCGGAGACGGACAUGCCGGCGCGCGCGCGCACGAGCAAUUUGAAUGAGGAGCUAGGGCAGGUAGAUACGGUGCUAAGCGAUAAAACCGGCACGCUGACGUGUAACCAGAUGGAUUUCCUCAAGUGUUCUAUUGCCGGCGUCGCGUACGGCCGCGGGAUUACCGAGGUCGAGCGCGCCACGGCGCGGCGGCUCGGGCGCUAUCUGAGCGAGCUGGAGGAUUACGACGAGGAGGAGGAGCGCGCCGCGGCGGAGGCGGCGGCGAGCGGGACGGCGAAGCCGGGGGUUAAGGGGUUCGCGCUGCGGGAUAAUAGACUCCUGGACGGCGCGUGGCUGCGCGAGCCGCACCGCGAGGAGAUCCGCGCGUUCCUGCGCGUGCUGGCCGUGUGCCACACCGUCAUUCCCGAGGUGGACGAAGCUUCCGGGCAGGUGGAGUACGAGGCGGAGUCGCCGGACGAGGCGGCGUUCGUGGAGGCGGCGCGGCAGAUGGGCGUCGCGUUCUUCAAGCGCACGCAGACGACCGUUUGGGUGCGCGAGCCCGACGAGACGGGGCAGUCAACCGUUGACAGGGAGUACACGAUUCUAGCACUAAUAGAGUUCAACUCGACGCGCAAGCGCAUGUCAGUCAUUGUCCGAGACCCCUCCAACCGCAUCCUCCUCAUGACCAAGGGCGCCGACUCUGUCAUAUACGAGCGCCUAGCGCCCACCGGGCGGCAGCAUUUGGAAGCUACCCGGGCCACGCUGCACCGGUACGGCGAGGCAGGGCUGCGGACGCUGGCGCUGGCGUACAGGGAGUUGAGUGAGGAGGAGUGCGGGGAGUGGCUGGAGCGGUAUGAAGGGGCGAGGAGGAGUCUGAGUGCGGAGAGGGAGGCGCUGGUGGAUGCUGCUGCGGAGGAGAUUGAGCAGGGGCUGACACUGCUGGGGGCCACUGCUGUGGAGGAUAAACUUCAGCAAGGGGUACCGGAGGCCAUAGACCGGCUGGCACAGACGGGCAUCAAGAUCUGGGUGCUGACAGGGGACAAGCUGGAAACGGCCAUCAACAUCGGCUUCGCAUGCUCGUUGCUGCGGGACGACAUGAAGCAGAUUGUUGUGUCCCUUGACUCACCAGACAUUCGCAAGCUCGAGGACACCGGGGACAAGGAGAAGCUUGCUGCUGUGAGUAUUGAUAGUAGCACUGGUAAGCUCAAGGACACUGGGGACAAGGAGAAGCUCGCUGGUGUGAGUAUUGUAGCAAGGGGUGUAGUGUGUGCUGUGCUGCAAUGGUCACACAUUGCACUGGAGGACACCGGGGGCAAGGAGAAGCCCGCCGCUGUGAGUAUAGUAGCACUGGGUGCUGUGCGGUGUGGUGUGGUGUGGUGCUGCAUGGCGAGGGUGUGUCGUAGUGAUCACAUUACGCUGGAGGACACCGGGGAUAAGGAGAAGAAGCGUGCUGCAGCGCAUGCAAGAAGCGGGGGUGUGGAGGGACAGGGUGGAGCGCCUGCUGCUCGACGGCUCCCCGCGCGUACACCCUACCUUUUGCCACACCCCUUCACCUCCCCCCUCCCCUUUUCCCCUCCCUCUCCCGUCCACAAUGACACUCCCCCCUCGCCCCCCCCCCUUCCCCAGGUGUGCAGGGACAGGGUGAAACGGCUGCUGCUCGACGGCGCUGCUCUCAUCGACCGUGCUCGAGAGGGGGGCGCUCCUGCUGCAGGGGAGCAUGCUAACGGUGGGGACGCGGCUGCCAAUGGCAACGGCGACGGGGGAGAAGGGGACGGGGAGGUGGACGAGGAAGGGAACGGGGACGGGGAUGGGUCAGCGAGGGUGUUUGCGCUGGUGAUUGAUGGCAAGUCGCUGGCGUUUGCAUUGGAGCCGGAGCUGAGGGCGGCGCUGCUGGCGCUGGCCAUGCAGUGUGCCUCUGUGGUGUGCUGCCGCGUGUCGCCCAAGCAAAAGGCGCUGGUAAGGAAAAAAAGGGGAGGUGGGGAAAAAGGGGGGAGAACGGGGGAGGAGGGUUGGGGGAUGGGGAAGAUGCUGGCGCUGGCCAUGCAGUGCGCCUCUGUGAUGUGCUGCUGCAUGUCUCCCAAACAGAAGGCGCUGGUGACACGGCUGGUGAAGGACGGCACGGGGCGCACGACACUGGGCAUUGGGGACGGGGCGAACGAUGUGGGCAUGAUUCAUGAGGCAGACAUUGGCGUUGGGAUCAGUGGCGUGGAGGGGCAGCAGGCGGUGAUGGCGAGUGACUUUGCCAUAGCACAGUUCAAGUACCUGGAGCGACUGCUGCUCGUGCACGGCCACUGGAGCUACAAGCGCAUCGCCAACGCUGUGACCUAUUUCUUCUACAAGAACGUGGCGUUCGGGCUCACCAUCUUCUACUACAACGCGUAUGCGGUGUUCUCCGGGCAGAUAGUGUACAACAGCUGGGCCUGCUCGCUCUACAAUGUCUUCUUCACCUCGCUGCCCGUCAUCGGCUACGGUGUGCUGGAGCAGGACCUCUCCGACAAACAGCUGCUCAUGUUCCCAGCACUGUACCAGCAGGGUCCAAAGAAUGUGUUUUUCCACUGGACCACCAUCGCCAUGUGGAUCGGCUACGGGGUCUUCCAAUCCGUGCUGCUCUUCUGGACCUGCCUCGCAGCCGUGCUGCCCCAGGCGUCUCUAUCCUCCGGCAAGCUCUUCGAGAUGAACGGGCUCAGCGCGACACUCAUGACGGGCGUGGUCGUGGCAGUGAAUUUCCAGAUCGCGCUUAUUACAGAGCACUGGACCUGGAUUACGCACCUCUUCAUCUGGGGUAGCAUCGCUGUUUGGUACUUCUUUCUCGGGGUGUACUCGUAUUUCGGCCCGGAUUGGUCCACGGAUUAUUACUACAUUUUCUCUGAGGUGCUCGCCCCGAGCGCGCUCUACUGGCUCACCGGCCUGCUGCUGCUACCAGUGAUGGCGGUGCUGCCGUAUUUCGUGUUCCGCGGGGUAGAGUCGCGUAUAGCACCCCCGGAUCAGCAGAUUGUGCAGGAGAUAGUGCAGUUGAAGCAGGACGAGGAGGCUGCCAAGGCGGCUGUGGCGCCGCCACUGGCGCCGGUGGGGUUCACGGCGGCUGUUGAGGCCGUGAGCAAGCGGUUGAAGAAGGUGGAGAAGAAGCGACGGAGACGAGGGGAGAAGUGA